GUUUUCAUUUUUUGUUGUUUUUUACCUUCAGGAUGAAAGUCGUUUUCAAUUUGGUAUCCAAUCAUUUCUGAUUAAUUUUGUUUUUGUUCGUUUUGAGAGGAGGGAGGAUAUUGACGGACCUGAUAACAAUUGCGUUCGUGAACAGGAGGACAUUUGUGGGUGGGAGGGGGGCAGCGUUUGCGCCGUGUGCCCGAUUGGGAGAAGGUGGAAAUGAUGACGACACGAGGAUGGUGGAAAGGAGGGGGGAUUCGGUGGGUGGAUUGGGAAAGGGGGUCGUGAGAGAUGGGAAGGGGGUUUCGCCGUCGUCGUCGUUGUUGUUGGGGCUUUCGCUAAAACUGCGCAGUUGGGCAACCGACUCGAACCUUCCUGGCUCCGACGUCGACGACGCCGCAUCGCUUUGAUAUCUACUGUGCCUCUUUUAUUGUUGUUCAAUUUUUCGUUCAGCUACGCACACGCAAAAAUUACGUAACGAAAAAAAACGCAAACAAUGACAAAAGCAAAAUCAAGAAUAAUUUGUGAAAAGACAAAAAAAAAGGACAGGAUGACUUUCUGAACGUGUUGGAAAUUCCCAAAUUAUGGUAAGCCGGCUGCAUUGCGAAAGUGAAUCGUUUAAAAUGGAUUUGAUUCUGGACAUCAAUUCGUGGCUAUUUCCGAUGGAUUUAGGCGACAAGUUUCGACUGGUCUUGGCGACGACGUUGCGCGAAGAUGGAUGCUCGGAUGCGGGCGAAUGGGCGCCGCAAGAUCAGGGCGCCCCAUCUCGCGCCGACGCUUUCGAAUACGUCAUGUUUGGCAAGGUGUAUCGCAUUGAAGGUGACGAAGGAUCGACGGAACCGUCAUCACGAUUAUCGGCCUACGCUUCGUAUGGCGGUUUGCUGAUGCGGCUGCAAGGCGACGCCAACAAUUUGCACGGGUUCGAAGUGGAUCAGCAAAUCUACUUGUUGAUUAAGAAACUCGCAUUUUAAAAACAUUAUUAUAUGAAUGCAGUUACACUGCUGUGUAUACUGAUGCAUUGUAAUACACGUGAAUUUUGUAACAA